AUGCUCCGAAACGCUCUCCGCCCAGCUACGCUCUCCCGAUCCCUCUUCUCGGCUCAGCAGUCCCGCUUUGCCUCAUCUUUGGUCUACCUCGAGCACAAGGGUGGUAAACUCAAUGACAGCUCGUUGAGCGCCGUCACAGCUGCAAAGAAGGUCGAUGGCAAUGCUGCUGGUAUACUAGUCGGAUCCAAGUCGGACGUAGAUAGCGUACUGUCUGAAGCGAAGAAGAUCGAGGGGCUUUCCAAGAUCUACACUGCAUCAUCAGACGCAUACGCCAACACCCUUGCUGAGAAUGUUGCACCACUCCUCGCCUCUUUCCUGCCGGAGAAGGGUAUUACCCACUUCUUUGGUGCUCACACUGCCGUCGGGAAGAAUGUCUUCCCUCGUCUCGCCGGUGCUCUCGAUUCCUCCAUGAUUGCCGACAUCGUUGCUCUUGAGGGCGAGGACACCUUCACCCGCCCAAUCUACGCUGGUAACGCCAUUCUCAAGAUCAAGAGCAGUCCCAAGGACAAGAUCAAGAUCGUCACUGUCCGGACCACCGCUUUCGACAAGGCUGCGAUCGGAUCGGGUGCGGCCGAGGUGGAGGAGGUCAAGGAGGUCUCGGGCGACAGCACCACUAAAUACAUCUCAGAGGAACUUACCGUCUCAUCACGGCCCGACCUGUCCUCGGCACCACGGGUAGUCUCAGGUGGACGGGCCCUGAAGAGUCAGGAGAGCUUCAGCAGUGUGCUGGACCCCCUUGCUGACGCACUGGGAGCAGCUGUCGGUGCAUCUCGGGCUGCGGUCGAUGCUGGUUACGCGGACAACUCGCUCCAGGUUGGCCAGACCGGAAAGGUCGUUGCUCCCGAAUUAUACAUGGCCAUCGGUAUCUCUGGCGCCAUCCAGCAUUUGGCAGGUAUGAAGGAGUCCAAGAUGAUCGUCGCUAUCAACAAGGACGCCGACGCGCCCAUCUUCCAGAUUGCCGACGUCGGACUGGUGGCCGACCUUUUCAACGCAGUACCGGAGCUGGUGACCCAGGUUGAGAACGCGAAGAAGUAG